GACGAUGACCGAAAAAUUGACAUUUGUGCCAAUCAGCGAGUUUUCCAUGAGCAGUGCUUGACACUGAAUGCAUGGAACGGUGAUAACAAUUCAAAGUAUGAAUCAGCGAUCAAGGGUACAGUUCCGUGUGCUAUUCCCAUUCGUGAGAAUCUCCGUCCCGGCUCCGAAAUCGUCGUCUAUGGCACGGUCAGCUGUUGCAGCCAUGAUAAUUUCUGCGUUGAGUUUCUGUCUGGGCCACACGUCGUUCUUCACGUGAACUUCAGAUUUCAUGAUGAGCGUGAGGUGGUCAGACACCACAAUCCGCUGCACCCUGGCGACCGAUUCAGUCUUCACAUUCGCGCCCACCAGCAUUAUUAUGAGAUUGAGGUGAACGGUUAUCCACUAGCUCAGUACAUUCAUCGCUUCCCAAUGGAGUCUGUACAAGCUCUGGGACUGAGGGGCCACGUGAUCGUCGAAAGAGUUCACUUCUCAGGCUUCGACUUUGAUAUCGACUGGUGCGGUGAACACGACUACGGCCACGCAGGGUAUGAAGCCUAUGGUUUGGAUCACUACGAGCCUCCUAUGUUCCGCGACGGUCACGCUUACCAUCGCUACUUUUGA